AUGCUAGACUUCCUCAAACGCGCCCUAAGGAAACCACACGCAGACGUGUACGGUCUAGACCAUGCCAUCCUCAACAUACAGCUGCCAUUGCAGAGGAUGUGGAUGAACAUGGGGUACUGGGAGCACACAAAUGACUUUCCAGAAGCCUGCCAAGCGCUCCUAGAUCAGGUUCUCACGGCUGCGCUAUCAACAGAGAAGGCGUCUGCCGUGAGAAUCCUGGAUGUUGGGUGUGGAUGUGGUGAUCAGUCGUUGUAUCUGACGACGAUUUUAAAUGGCGCUUCUCCUACAUCCCAGUCCGGUUUUGAAUCUGGGACUGGGACCGGGACAGCAACCCCUGCCCCGAUUCCCAGCAUCACGUCUGAUAUCCAACCAACAGAGUCAGUUCUGCGGUCUCGACAUAGCAAGAACAAGCUGCAAUCUCCCUCUUCUCUGCGCCUAGAUGCCUAUAUUGGGGUCACGCUGGUACCCGCGCAGGCCGCCCUCGGCUCACGCCGCAUUCGCCAUAUGCAGCGAGAAAGCGAGGACUUUAUCCAAGCAGAAAUCUAUUGUGCAGACGCUGCAGUCCCCAGCUCUUGGACUGGGGAGUUGAAAAAAUCAAUCACAGCCUUUGGAGACACGUCAAUCAACCAGAAUGAAAACGAAGACACAUCUACAUGGCUCUUGGCCCUAGAUACGUUAUAUCACUUUCGCCCCUCGCGCCUUCCUCUUCUUACCUAUGCACAAAACACCCUCAACGCCUCAUUCAUGGCCUUUGACUUGAUAUUAUCUAAUGGCAUAACUUGGUACGAAAAGAUCCUCCUCCGACUCGUGUGCUGGGGAACGAACUCUCCAUUUGGGAAUUUCAUCACCGAGAAGGAAUAUGUGGAGCUCCUUGUUAAAGCUGGUUAUAAUCCAGCCUCUAUUGAGAUCCGAGAUGUCUCGCAGCACGUUUUUGGCGGGUUGGCGGGAUUCAUUAAGCGCAGGGCUGAGGAGGCAAGGCCCUAUGGGAUAAAACUAGGAAAGUUCCGCGCGGUAAGCUUUGUGUUUGAGUGGUGGGCCAAGGGGAGGGUUGUCAGGGGUAUUGUUGUUGUUGCAAGGAAGGAUUAA